AUGGCGUCGCAGGCACAGCUGAAGAAACAGCAAGCUCAGAAAAUUGGCGACAUCGAGCAAGAGACGGAAGAGCACAAGCUCGUACUAGAGACGCUGGAGCCAUUACCUGGAGACCGCAAAUGCUUCCGCAUGAUCAACGGCGUCUUGACUGAGCGUACGGUCAAGGAAGUAGUGCCCAUCCUCAAGACCAACUCAGACGGCCUGAAGAAUGCGCUAGAAGAGCUAGUCAAGCAGUACAAGACGAAGCAAGAUGACAUGGAGAAAUGGAAGGUACGUGGUCGACUGUGCCGCGAGCAUGCAGCACUUGAUCUCGUGAGCACAUCACUGACAGUCCUACAGAAGAAGAACAAUGUGCAAGUCGUUCAACAACCCGAGUAG